AUGAAUAUUGAAAAAAUAUCCUGUGAAACUGGUCAUUGUCAGAUACUGCGGGACGAGUUGGACAAUUAUAUACCUUAUGCAAACAUCAAUGAAGUUCAAACAGGUUUGCCUCCAUUUUCAAUGGAUCAACUUAAAAAAAGAAUCAUUGGCUUACAUUUACCGUACGGUACAGGUAUAUUCACUAUCCAGUUGCCUGAUUAUCAACCUCGAUUUGGAUAUCGAAGGUCAGGUAUUGUUCUUCGACAAGCAGUCAUUAAAGGGGAAGUAGAAAAUUUAUUUGUUUCAGGAGUAGAACAUGGUAGUCCAGCAAGCAAUGCAAUGGAUUUGCAUAUGGGAGAUCGUAUAUAUUCAAUAUCAGGUUACCCAUUAGACUGGCAUACAUUAGAACAACUAAGAUACAAGCUAAUUGAACUGGAUGGAUUGGCACCAAAUUCAAAUAUUUACGAUUUAGCAAACUAUCUACUUAAUAGGCCUUAUCAGAACACUGGGAUUUCCCGCGAUCAUAAUUAUAAUAGAAAUAGUAGUGUUUAUAAAGUUCCUAGCGAACAAACUAGUUUAACAGAUUUUAAACCACCAGUUCUUGUCAUUUUUCGUUAUCCAAAGUCAAAUUCAUUGUGGUCCAAUCAAAUAGCUAAUAACGAGACAAAUGAAUUACCAACGGCAGAGAAUAACAGUUUAUUCAGUUGUUAUGAAACAGUUCUUGAAAAUGAAGGUAAUGACAAUGGGCUUGGUCUACAGAUAGGAUCCAAUCAAGAUAAUACAGGAAUUCACAUUGUAUCUAUAUUCAAAAAUAGUCAAGCUGAAAGAGAUGGUGUUUUAAGAGAAGGUGAUCGUGUAAUUGAGGUGAAUUAUCAGAAUCUUGAGGGAUUAGAAAGUAAACAAGCUUUGAAAAAAGUUAAAAGUAUAUGUCGUAACACUAAAUAUGUACAAAUUAAAUGUUCAAGAAAUAAUCAAACUAAUAAUAAUAAUCAUUUGAUAUCACCUUGUGAUGAUAAAAAAGAACAGCUUGAAGACAAUAAUCUACAUGAUCCUAUAUUGAAUAAUGAAGAUGUUAAUAAUAUUAGUAUUGAUGUGAAAAGUGUUUUAACUCGGACACAAUCACCGACAAUGAAUAAUUCAGACACAUCUAUAUAUGAUUCUCAAGAUGAUUCUGUCUUGUUUUAUAAUUGUAAAUUCAAUCAACCUGAUGAAGAAUGUAUGAAUGAGACGGAUAGUAAUGAUAAAAGUUUGUUGAAAAAGUGGUUAGAUGUAUUCAAUCCUUAUGUUGAAUUAUUGUUAGUAUAUUAUGACAUCAAAAAUUCAAAUUGUGGUUUGGGUAUUGGAGUCGGGGAUACUGUAGAAGAUGACGAAAUAUUUGGUGAAAAUCAACAUCGUCAUUAUAUAAUGGAAAUUAAUCCUGAAGGACCUAUUGGCAAAGAUGGAACCUUAUCUAUUGGAGAUGAGUUACUUGAAAUUAAUAAUGUUGUUAUUGUUAACAAAGAUCAUUUAGAGAUCUCCAGUAUUUUUCCUACUAUUCCUUCUGAAGGAUAUUUAAUAUGUGCUCGUUAUCCAAAUAAAUCUCGAAUUGAUAUCAAAGUAGAGAGUAGAAAUGAUGAAUUAGCCAGUGUUGUUUUCUUCACUCAAACUCUAAGUGAUGGUGAGAUUCCUGAUGACGAUUUCAAUGAGCAGAUUUCGGAUAAUAAUCUUUUCGAUGAAACCAAUUCAGGAAUUAAAAAUAACAUAGCCUUAGCACCACCGAACAAUGAAGAAGGAAUUGAUCAACAUUCUGGAUCUGAUAUUGAUGAAAGUCGAUAUCCAAUAAAACUAUUGACGAUUUCUAAUUCUGCUCUGCAGAAUAAAAGUUCCAGUCUUGAAUUCCAAAGUGAAGAUAUUCAAACUGAUAAAAUGAUAAACGAAGAUAUUAAACCAGAAAUUGAUAAGAAUAACCUAAUAAUGAGUGAUCAAAAACCUAUCGAAUCGACACUAAUAAGUUCACUACAACGUCUACCAAUGGCUGUUAAAUUAGUGAAAUCCAUGGAAAAAUUACCGUCUCAAGUGUCCGGUUCAAUUUCUGAAAAUAAUAAUCCAGACCAUACUAAUCUGAUUCAAUCGAAUGAAAUAACCAAUCGAAAUGAUGAUAAUGAUGUGUUAACUGUUAAAGUUUUGAAAAAAGCCGGUGAAAUACUUGGUUUAGAACUGGAAUUAGAAAGUGGAGAUGAAAGAGGUAUAAAACUUGCACAUAUUACUCCUGGAAGUCCAGUAGAUCGUUUGAAAUAUUGGAAUAAAUACAAAUCUAUGAAUUAUAUUCAAACUGAUUCAGACUAUUCAAAACUUUCAGAUGCUUCUUGUAUAAGUGGUGAUCAUUUACGCAUUCCUACUGCUGGUGAUCGAAUUCUAAGUGUAUCAGAUUACAGUUUUCAAAAUAUAUCAGCUUUUACAGCAUUAAGAUUAUUAAGAAAAUUGAUUUCUUAUUCUGGUUUUAUAAAAACUGUUAGAAAAUACUUAAUUACUGAAAGUAAUCCAAUUUACUACUACUCAAUGGAUACGCCUAAUAAAAAUGACAAAUUAAUUUUAAAAAAGGAACUACCAAAUGUUAAGCAAAAAAUUGAUCAGUUUAACAAAAUUGCUUAUAACCAUAUGUUUAAAUCACGCAGUAAUAUUCCAAUUAUAAAGUUGAAUAAUAAUGAAUUUCCUUGGACAAAUGAACAAUUUUAUUUGAGACAAGUGAAUAAAACACUUAAUCUUUGGAAUUCUAAUGAACAACUAAAUUCAAAGUCAGUUGCUAUGUCAAAUAUAACCACCUUCUCAAACAUUACCAAUCAGCACAAUCAUGAAGGAUUUAUUGAUUCCAAUUAUGAUGCACUUCCAGUUAAAGGCAUAUUCAAAAAUGUAAAUCAAGAAUCUAUUGAACUAAAAAAUACUUUAUCAACAGAUAAACAAUAUAAGUAUCACAAGACUAAACGUGAGCAUUCAUUUAUAAUUUCUAAUCAUCCAAAUGAAUCAGAUAAAUAUUCUUCUCAAACUGAACAAAAUCAACUACUCAUUGGAGGAAAAUUAGAAAAUAAGAAAGAAGAUAAUGACAGCAACAACAAUUUAACUGUAGAUGAAUUUAUAAAUAAUGAUAUAAUACAAAAUGUUAACCUGUUGUCUGAACAGUUCACACUAUACGUUUAUAGAAAUUCUAACCAAAAUUUAGGAUUUUCAGUAUCACGUAAGGUAAAUGGAAUAAAUUUAAUUAACAUGGAUUUAAUGAAAUCAGUUAGAUUAUUAAAAUCAACACCAUUUCCAAUUCAAUUAAAAAUACAAAGGUUGAAUAAAAUCAAUUUGUUAACUGAUAUUAACUGUGAAGAAGAUUUUCUGUCAGUCGAUACAGAUACGGAUGAAGAAGCUGAAAUAGUGACGAAAAUUAUUGACAUGGCACAAAAUUAUACUUCUACUAAGUGCACAAAAAUCAACGAACAACUUGACCUGGAGGAUAUUCAAAAUAUAAAUCUAUGUAACGUUGAAUUAACUGAAACUAAUCAUAAUACAAUAAAUGAUAAUAGAAUAACAAAAACUGUAAUACAAAGUCAAUUUGUUAAAUUAUUACGACAAAAAGUUAUCAAAUGGUUACAUAUUCAUCAAACAUUAAUUCAAUUAAAUAAAUAUAAAUUGAAACAAUUCAAUAAAGAUCAUUACAAUUAUGGUGAUGAAACUGAAGUUACAAUGUAUAAUACAGAUGAAAUGAUAUGGAAGGAUGAUAGAGUUUUAGCAUCUAAACGAACAACAAUGCCUUCAACACCUUGCUUUUUUGGUGAAACUUGUCAAAAUUUUCAUCAACAAACUAGUGACAGUGGUAAUGACAAUAAAACUAAUGAUAAAGAAAAUUAUGGCCACAACAAAAAUGAAUCAGAAAUGAUUGAAUCGAGUGAAAUGGAUUUAAUUUACACUCAAACAGAUAAUGAUAAUCUCACACCAUCUAUAAUACUUACCUCUGAUGAUACUGAUUGGAAACCAUGUGAACAAGGUAGUAUUUCGAGUAUGGAAUCUAUAUCUAAUUCACCAAGUCCUAGGACUUCCUAUAAUUCCUUACUACAUUGGGGUAUUAAUAAUGCACAAGAUGAAAGAGAAUACUUAUUAAACAAAUACAGUGAAUUACCUGGAGAAAUUAUAACAUUCGAAUUACCUUUGAGCACUUUGACUGUCGAAGCAUCUCAUCAUAAAAAUGUGAAUUUAGGUUUAAAACUUGCCGGAAGUAGAGAUUUAAAUCAAAUGAGUGUUUUCGUAUGUGGAAUACAACCAGGAAGUAUCAUUGAACGUGAUGGACAUAUAGAAGUUGGCGAUCAAUUAUUAGAACUCAAUAAUCAAGUUUUAUAUGGUCUUAGCCAUUUGAAUGCUGCUCCACUAAUCAGAUCUAUUUAUAUGGAAGUGAUAGGAAGAAGUAGCAAUAUUUUCAGACGUUCAAAAUGUAAUGCUUUGAGGUUUGUGAUACAACGUCAUUCGUCAAAUACAAAUCUUAUGGCAGCAUUAGCAACAAAUCAACAUGCAGAUUCUUCUUCAGAUCGAUCCAGCCGACACACCAGUGUAGAUACAACAACAAGUGCACUAACAUCACCAGUGAAGAACAUAAAUAAAGCAAAACAAUCUAUAGAAUUUAUGAAUUUAGCAUUUGGUGGUUCACAUGGACCUUUAACUCAACAAACAUACUCUACAACGUUGUAUAGAGGUUCUAAAGGAUUUGGAUUUGCAAUAAUGGAACGAAGUGCAACAAAUGAAGAAGGGAUUUAUAUUAAACAAAUCGUUGAAGGUGGUCCAGCUGAUAAAGAUGGUAUUUUAUGUGCUGGCGAUCAAUUAAUUAAAAUAAACAAAAAAGAUGUGACACAUAUACCUUACGACACAGUAGUAGAAUGGAUACGAUCUGCAAAACAUAUUCUUCAUGUACAAGUUACACGGUGGGGUUUCAAUAUUCAAGCAAGCGCAGAAACAAAAUCAUCAACUAAACGUUUCUCAGAUCCGUCUGUACUGAAUACAUUUGCAUCUGUUUUAUUUGGUAAAGAUAAUGAAAUGAAAAAUUUUCUAUCCCCAGUUAAUACAUGCCGAGAAUUAAUUAACACAAAACCUUUAAACGUAUUAUCCUCAAUUGAAAGUGGUACGAGCUGGUUAGUACCCCGACAAAUCGUAUCAAGGUAUCGUCGUGCAAGUUUUCCAAACAUCUGUUAUAAACGAGAGCAUAUUCCUAUUACUGUUCUUCAGCCUUUGCCAAACUAUUCAACAACUUCAAUAAACAUUCAAGGAGAUAUAAUGAAUUUCGAUAGAAUCUCAAUUUUAAUAAAUGACGAACCAGAAAUCGAAGCAACAAUCCGCCCCAUCAAGUCUGGAACUGAAACUGAAAUAUCGAUCGCAAUAAAUAAUUCUUGUGGUCUAGGGAUAGGCUGUAUAGGAGGCUGUGAAACAGCACUAAAUGUUCCAGUUAUACAUGAAAUCUAUCCUAAUGGUGCAGCGGCAAAAGAUGGACGUUUGCGUCCAGGGGAUCGAAUUAGUAAUGUCAAUCGAAUAUCAUUAGUUGGUGUACCAUUUUUGGAAGCUAUGGAUAAACUUCAAAUGGCUUAUAUUAGCAAAUCGUCUAUGAUAAAACUAGAUUCAGAUGAUGAAAAUGAAAAUAUUUCUUUAUCAAAUCAAGAACAAAGUUAUUUAAAUCUCACUAUAUUUCGACCAACAGAACAAAGUCAGAAAUGGUUUGACCAAGAAUUAGUAAUUGAAUUAUUGAAGAAAUCUGGAAAAGGUUUGGGAAUUUGUAUUGCGGAUCGAUGUGUACAUCUUAAACUAGAUGAAAAUUUGUCAGAGAAUGAAAAUACUUUAAAGGUACAAGAUAAUUCCUAUGUAAACACUUCCGAAAUGCAAACAUCAUAUGGCGUUAUUGUUACUGAAAUAAUUAAAGGAUCGAUUGCAGCAACUGAUGGUCGUCUCAUGGCAAGUGAUCAAAUCCUGGAAGUGAAUGGUAAAGAUACAAGCACAUUAACUAGUGAAAUUGUUGGUGCUCUAUUGAAGGCAGCUCCAUAUAAAGUUAUUCUCAAAGUAGGAAGACUGAAAAAUCAGAUUGCUAUACCAAAUUCAGCUGCAUUUCUUUUUAAUGAUCCUUGUCAAGUUAGACGAUAGACUAUACAGACUAAACAAAUAACCAAUUUAACCUGUAUGGAUAACAUAGAAGAAUGCUUAUUUUUGAUAUCUAUCUAUCAAGAAUGAAAAUAACUCUUAAUUUGUUAAUAAUAAUGAAUAUUUACAAAUUGUCAAGUUCAAAUUGACCUUCCAUAUUUCUUUUCUUUUCUUUCCUUUGAAAAUAAAUGCUUUCUGUUGCAAUAAUACAAAUUUUGCAUUAAUAUAACAUUCCAUUAUACAGAUUGUUAAUAAUCUGUUUAAAAUAAAAGCAGCUCAAUUGUUCCGUUUUCUUUUUUCGUUUCUUCAGUGUUUUAUUAUAUUUAAGCUAAUCUAUGUAUGUGACUUAUUUUAAAUGAAGACAAUCCAUUCAUUUUCAUUCUAGUUAACAAUACCACCAUCAUCAACAACAACAACGAAAAGAAUAUCCUUCUUUAUCCUCUCUUGCACUAAUAAUCUUUUUUUAAUGCACAUAUUUUCUCGGUAAUUUCACUAAAAAAGUAGCAAUAAUGUUUGUAUAAUACUACUACUUCUAAUACUUCUACUACUACUACUAAUAAUAAUAAUAAUAAAUGCUUAGCUUUUCUAUAUAUUAGGAUAAUACUUUAUCGUAUAUAUUUAUAUAUACAUAUACAUACAUAGUGAUAAGCUUCAUGUUUUCUUUGUCAAUUCAUAGGAUAUCUUUUAUAUUCAUGCUAUUCACCUUCUACUCUUUCACUCACUCACUCACUAACUCUAAUUUCUUUAUAUUCUAACUGAAAAUCAACUUGAUUUACAAUGUGACGACUAGCUUGUUGAACAGUUAUUACAUGGAUAGUUAAAUAAAAUAAUAUUUUUAUGUAAACAAUGAAGAUAAAAUUAAUAUUAUGCAACAACAAGAAAUAUAAACAUAAACAUAUUAAUAAUUUUAUUUGUUUGCAUGAUAAUCUUUCAUUCUGAUAAACAGAAGAAUGAAUAUAUAUUGAAUCCGUCUUCUUUUUUUUUUUACUGAGACUAACCUAAGAUUAAUAUAUGUAUUGAUGAAGUACUAUAAUGUGUAAUGAAAGAAAUAUCUUAUUGAUUCGAUUCAUUUCUACUAAUAAUCCUAUUCGUAAAACUUAUGGAAACUAUUAAUUACAUUUAGAAGAAAAAAUGUAAAUUUUCUCAUUUCUAACUUAUCUACAUUGUUUCCUCUUAUAAACUAAGUGAUUAAAGUCUUUCCAUGAAAUACAUCAUAAAAGGCAUUUAAAAUUCUGAUCAGGGAAAUGUUAGAAACAAUAACAAAUGUUACACUGUCUUAUUGAUUUUUGUUUUGUUUUCUGUUCUUUUUUUUGGUUUGUCACACUUCUCUUCAUUCACUUGUUCUCUCUUAAAUGUUUCAUUGAUAUCAUAAUGAUAAAUAGUGAGUUGUUUUAUUCUCCCCAUCCUUUUCAUUUUGUUUUCUGUAAACAUAUCUAACUUCAUUAAUUCAUGUGAAUGAUAAUAUAUAGUGUUGAUUAGUAAAAUAGUAGAAUCAAAUUGUAUAAUA